CAGAAAAUUGAAUAUCGAUUAAUUUGUAUUCAAUUUGUUGGUUGAAAAAUCUCUUCCUGAUCGGAUCGAGAAAAAAUGUCGUAUCCUAUAAAUCCUAUUACCAAAACAGAAUUAAAAGCAAUUUAUAAAAAUCUUGGAAUAAAUGAAGAAAGACAUCAAAGAAUUUUGGAGGUUUUUAUAGAUUGGAUAAAAUGCCAACCACAUUUACCGGAUAAUAUUGAAAAUGGAUAUUACUCAAAUUUCUUGCUGUUGUGUAAAGAUGAUUUGGCAAAAACUAAAGAAAAAUUCGAAACGAAUAUCAUCGCUAGAAAAAGCACGCUGAUUUUUAAUUACGAUUUGGAACUCUCAAUGGAUUGUAUAGAAGAAACGAAUUUGGCAAGAACUUUUGUUCCAUCAAAAAGACUAACAGCUGAAGGAUACAGAGUUAUUUAUGUUUCAUUACCGAAAGAUCCAAAACAUUUUGAUACAACAAAUCAAAUCAAAUAUGAAGGAAUGAUUCUUGACAGAUUAACGAUGGGCGAGCCAUUUUCCGGAGUGGUUGUCGUGGCAGAUUUUAUUAAUUGUACAUCAGAUAUACUAACUAAAACCGAAAUUUCUGUAGUAAUGAAUUUUGUACAUUUUUACUUGCAAGCAAUUCCUCAGCGAUUGAUGCAUUACCAUAUGAUAAACGUAACAUCGUUUGCAAAACCGAUAAUAGCUAUGGUAAAAUCAGUUAUGUCAGAAAAAUUAAAGAAAAGGUUCCUUUUUCAUGAUAAACCCGAAAACGUUUUGGAUUAUCUCUCAAAAGAUUUUAUUCCGGUGCAAUAUGGUGGUACCAUAAACAUUGAAAGUGUAGCUAAUGAAUGGUUAAGUUAUUGGAAAGAAAACAACGAAUGGAAAACGAAUCUCUCCAAACUUAAAUUAACAGGGGAAAUUCCUAAAGGAAAACUUCAUUUAGAUCAGAAUUCUGGUUUUGGAACAGAUGGAACAUUUAGAAAUAUGCAAGUUGAUUGACUACGAAUAAUAAGAAAAAUCGUUUCUAAUCGGAUAAACAAUAAAAUUCAAUUUUG